AUGCUCCACGUGACCGGUCCCCCGGAAAGCGCCGACGUCACAACAGGCAUUCUGUCCAUCUACGACGCGUUCGGCUUCUUCCCGCAGACGCAACAAGGCGCGGACAUCGUGAGCGCCGGCCUGACCAGCGCCGGCGGCGCCACCGUCGUGUUCAUGCCGGACUUUUUCAACGGCAACGCCAUCCCCCUUGCGUGGUAUCCGUCAGACACGCCGGAGAAGCUGGCCGCCGUGAUGGACUGGUUCCACAAUGUCGCGCUUCCGGACAAUCAUGUCCCCAGAGUCGCGGGCAUCCUCGUCGCAGCGGAACGGCUGUAUCCGAAUAUCAAGACCUGGGGGCUCCUGGGGUACUGCUGGGGCGGCAAGAUGACGUCGAUGCUCUCUGCGAUACAGAGUCGACCUGGUGCCCAGCAGGUGUUCACCACGGCGGUGCAGUUGCAUCCGGGCCUCAUUGAUGCGAAGGAGGCGGCGGAAAUCAAGAUUCCGACGUGUUUGUUGGCAUCGAAGGACGAGGUUGCCGAGGAAAUUUGGGGCUAUGACGCUAAGUUGUUGACCGGGGAGGAGGACAAGGGGAAGAAACAUGUCGAGAUCUUUGAGGAUCAAGUCCAUGGUUGGUUGAGUGCAAGAGCGGAUUUGGCGGAUGAACGCGUCAGGGCCGAGUAUGAACGUGGCUAUCAGAUUGUCGUCAAGUUCUUCGCGGAGCAUUUGUGGCCCAAGAAAUAG